AUGAAGUCGCUCGAUCUUUCCGUCUAUUUGGUCACUAACAACGAGAUGGUUCCCCCUGGGGUCUCGUUCCUGGAGCAAGUUCAAAAGGCCAUCGACAAUGGAGUCACCUGUGUUCAAUUGAGAGAGAAGGAACUAAACACUCGGGAGUUCAUUGACCGAGCUAGAGAGGUCAAGAAGUUGACCGACAAAGCAGGCAUUCCGCUCAUUAUUAACGAUCGUGUCGACAUUGCGCUUGCUGUUGGUGCUCAUCUGCACGUAGGUCAAGAGGACAUGGAAGUUUCUGUUGCCAGAAAAUUGCUGGGCCCAGACAAGAUCAUCGGUGUUUCGGCUAGCAAGCCUGAAGAGAUCGAAAAGGCGCUUGAGGAUGGUGCGGACUACGUUGGAGUUGGAAUCUGCUUUGACACACAGACAAAAGUGACAAAGAAGCUGCCAAUGGGCCCAAUGGGAUCACAAAGGCUGCUGAAGAUAAUAAAAGACUCAGGCAAGCCUAUGAAAAUAUGUCUAAUAGGAGGUAUCAACCAUACUAAUAUCCAGAGGGUGAGGGCUCAAGCUUCAAUACCGGGGCGUGCUAUUGAUGGCGUUGCUGUGGUGUCUUGCAUCAUGGCGGCCCCAGACGCUGCGGCUGCUACGAAGGAGUUGGUCAGACUAUGGAACGAGCCACCCAUUUUCUGGGAUCAGAUGGAUUCAGAUUCAGAUUUCAAUAUGAGCGGGGCCAUAGCUAACGUUCUGUCCACUCAUCCGCUUGUGCACCAUAUCACAAACGACGUGGUGAAGAACUUUUCUGCAAAUGUCACCCUUGCUGUUGGUGCUGCUCCCCUUAUGAGCGAGUGCUCCGAAGAGUUUGACGACCUGGCUCAGUAUCCAGAUAAUUCACUUUUACUCAACACUGGAACACCCAAUGAAGAGCAAACCAAGAUGUACAUAAGUGCCUUGAAGGCAUAUAAUACGUACGGCAAGCCGGUUGUGUACGACCCCGUCGGAGCAGGAGCCUCGAAUACUCGAAGACAAAGCGUUAAAAAACUGUUGCUCGAGGCAUACAUGACUGUCAUCAAAGGAAACCAGGGCGAGAUCUUUACUGCUGCUGGCGAGGAGAAGUCUAUGAGGGGGGUCGACAGCGAGUCUGAAGAGGCCCUUGAUUCGGUCGUGGCGGCAGCUAAAAAAUUGGCUUUGCAAAGCAGAUCUGUGGUGGUCGUCUCAGGAAAGACAGACGUUGUUGUCGAUGGAAUCUUGCACGGCAGAAGAGACAUUACAGGGGGCGUGGCUGUUGCAUUCAUCCAGGGCGGCCAUGAAAUAAUGAGCCGUGUUACGGGCACAGGUUGCUCUCUGGGGUCCACCAUUGCUGCAUUUGUCGCAGCCAAUAGAAGCAACCCAUUUCUAGCGACUGUGGUUGCCUGUUCUAUCUACAAGCGUGCUGGAGAAAAAGCUGGUGCCCAGGCAAAGGGACCAGGAACGUUCCAGACAUUGUUUAUGGACAAGCUAAAUGAAUGCGUGAAAACCCAGGAUUUUGAAAAUCCAAAGAUUAUUCUAACAUAA